AUGGGCGAGGAUGUUGCGGAUCUGUGGCCAAGUUCGCCCGAGGAGCAGCAUAGCGAAAGCUCCCCAAUGGGUGCUCGUCGAGGUGUAGUAGGACACGCAGCGGUGGAAGAAGAGAAAGAUCGAUCCCUGACAGAAACAAACUCGGAAACCACUGUUCCCAUCGAUCUUCCCGCUAUCAAGCGUGAUUCCGAUCGCCUAAUACACGACUUCAUGCAGAGAUGUGUAGAGAUUGCUGUUGGGCAACAGAUCAAGGAACAGGCGUUGAAGAUUGCCAAAGAGAAACUUGAUGCUGCGGUGGYUUACCAUAACAUCCUUCGCCAGGAGUACUUGUCUUUGUGCAGUGCUGUUGCCAGAGUAAGCGCCUUGCGUCCCUGGUAUAGAUCUGAGAAGUAUCUCGCAGAGACUCGCAUUGAACUGGAAGCACAACGCGGUCCGGUUCGGGAAGAAGACUUUUGGGCUCCUCCAAAGAGCUUCUUUGAUGAUGAUUCUCUUCACGAUAAAUUUGGCCCUUUUCCAACCCGGGAUGUGAUCACACGGUGGGAUCAGCGGAGUUGGACUAUAAGGAGCUUCAAGCUCUUGCCAUGGGAUCAGGAGCAUGAAUAUGAUGAAAUUGCUGGAUAUUCGAGUUGGUGCGACUUUGGUAGUGAAGUCUCGUUGGACGAUGAGCCACCGUCCGAGCCAGUGAACAACCCGAGCAUCACCUCUCUAAGAAGUUUAUUGCAGAAUGAUCUUGAGGCGAUACCGAAUGAUGACGAUAAUGAAGAAGGAGAUACACCGACUCCAAACGCUUCAGAUCAAUAUGCCACUCCUCCAUGGCCGAGCACCAACCUCGGGAAGCAGGACAGGAACCACAUCAAGAGACUUUGCGAGCGGCAUAUCGAUCCGCGUCGGUCCUCCAUCGAAAUGGAAGCACGAGCUUUGUUGAAGGAGCGUCUGCGGGAGAGGGGCGAUCUGCUAUCAUAUCUCUGGGAGAGAAUAAAGCAUGCUCAAGCCGACCAUACCAUUUCCGAAAAAGACGACAUCACACAGGUGGAAAUCUGCAAGCAAAUCCUCCAGACUAUCACAGAGGUGGAAGUCGGGUGGGAAGUCCACAAGGAGGCGACGGCAGCAGAGCGGAACCGAGCACAACUUCUCGUGCUGAAGAUGCAAUGGGAUCUGAAUGGUUCGAAGAGAUUGAGAAGGGAUAUGGAAUCCAAACUUGGAAGGGAGCGACAAAAGCAGAUGGAUGUCUGGCAAGAUAUUGUUUGCGCGGCGGAUCUACGAGGCACUCCUCCGGAUCAGGAUACGAACAUUUUUGGCUCUGUACAGUAUGGUUCGGAGGAGGAAGACGAAGAAAGUUGUGCUGAUAUGUUCAUGUGCCUCUCUCGGAAUGAAGAAAUUGCGCCUGAUGCUUUCUCUGAGAAGUCUCCUGAAAUUGUUGAAUUCACGAAAUUGGAUACAGACCUUUUUGGUCCGAUGGAAAGCGACUGGUCUGGUCCCGCCGAUUGCGAGAAGUCCACUGCUGGCAGCGAGACGAGACAAGAUGGAGGGCAAGUGAGGAAUAAAUCAGACGCUGAACAGCUUCGGACGUUACGACUAGAUAGCGGCUUCGACGCAUAA